UCAUGAUAAAAUCAUGAGAGACCACAACACUGCCUUUGGAACAAAUUGUUUUAUAGUAACAGCUAGAGGCCCUGCUCAGGGAGGAUCAGGAUCAGGCUGAAACCCUCAUUGUGGACAUAUGUAAAGGAAAUACAAGCCUUGCUCCAAGGAGUUUAAUUUUGGCACGAGACAACUAAUGUAGAGAACAAUCUCAAAUUGGCAGGAAGAACGAGCAAAGCAGCAUGAGCAGAGCUGAGGACAUGGCCAACGGGCCUAGUUCCCACGAGAUGGAUUCACUGACCAGAAUCCACCGUGUGCCGGGCUGCAGCCAAUACUGAAUGGAGCCCGAACUGCUGAGGAAUAUGCUGAUGGGUCUUGCCAGCAUGUCACGUUUGGCAGUCGAGUUACUCUUUAAGAUCCAAACUGACAGUGAGGACUCCAAUGAUGUUAUCGACUCGAGUAACACAUACAACACAAGAUUGCUUGUGGCAUUCACGGACGUGCUCACCACUGUGGAAUGCUGCUUUUGGGCUCAUUAGACUCGUGUUGAUGCAAGUUUGCAGGGCCAUUAAUCGCAUCCUGCUCAGAAGAACUGUGACUCUGGGUAACGUGCACGACAUUGUGGCUGGCUUUGAACAAAUGGGUUUCCCUAACUGUGGAGGGGCGAUAGAUGGGACGCAUAUUCCAAUUCUGGCACCAGCCCAUCUAGCCUCCGAGUACGUUAAUCACAAGGGGUAUUUCUCUAGGGUUCUCCAGACGCUUGUGCAUCAAUGUGGGCAUUUCAUUGACAUUAACGCAGGCUGGCUCGGAAAGGUGCAUGACGCAUGCAUCUUUCGGAACACUGGCCUGUUCAGGAAGCUGCAAGCCGGGACUUUUUUCCCAGACCAGAAGAUCACUGUAGGGGAAGUUGAAAUGCCCAUUGUGAUCCUUGGAGAUCCCGCUUACCCUUUAAUGUCGUGGCUCAUGAAAUCCUACACAGGGAGCCUUGACAGCAGCAAGGAGCAGUUCAACAACAGGCUGAGCCAGAGCAGAAUGACUGUGGAGUGUGCUUUUGGCUGUUUAAAGGGCUGCUGGCACUCUCUGUAUGGGAAGCUGGACCUGGCCGAUGACAGCAUCCCUGCGGCUAUAUCCGCGUGCUGUACCCUUCAUAACAUUUGUGAAGGGAAGGGUGAAAAAUUCACUUGGGCAUGGAACUCGGAGGUUCAAAACCUGAAGAGUGAAUUUGAGCAGCCAGAGAGCAGGGCUAUUAGAGAGGCCCAGCGGGGGCUGCAAGGAUUAGGGAUGCAUUGAGGGAGCAAUUUGAGGCUGAAAGCCACCUGUAAUGUCUGGUGCCCUGCAUGGGAGUGAAGUGCAGUAGUUCCAAUGUUAGCAGGAAUCUGUGUUUGCUAUGCCGACUUGCAGUGCCUGUUGCUUUCCUGGGCUAAGGUAUCUUUUACUUUAUGCAAUAAUAACGAAUGUUUUCAAAGCCAAA